GCCGCGGAAGCGGGGAGCGGGAUCGGGAUUUGGGAGAGGGAUCAGCAUUAGGGAGCUGCGGGGGUUGGCACGGCAGGACGCGGGGGUAGAGGAGAGACCUCGGUGGGAAGAAAUUCUGAGUAAGAAGCAAACCAAGAAUUCGGAAAAUGAAUGGAAAAUGAAACAGCUGAGCCAUGGGACGAAAUUACUGGCUGAAAGAGGAACCUAUAAUGCCAACACUAAACUGGAAGCCCUUUAUCUAUGGAGGUUUAGCAUCAGUCACUGCAGAAUGUGGUACUUUCCCCAUUGAUCUGACCAAAACACGUCUCCAGGUUCAAGGUCAAGUUAAUGAUGCCAAAUAUAAAGAGAUCCGCUACCGUGGAAUGGUGCAUGCACUAGUCAGAAUAUGCAGAGAAGAAGGAUUGAAAGCCUUAUACUCUGGGAUUGCACCUGCAAUGCUACGGCAAGCUUCAUAUGGAACUAUAAAAAUAGGGACUUACCAGAGCUUAAAAAGAACGUUUGUUGAGCGUCCAGAAGAUGAAACCCUGAUGAUAAAUGUUCUGUGUGGCGUUCUUUCUGGAGUAAUCUCAUCAUCUAUUGCCAACCCUACAGAUGUCCUAAAGAUCAGAAUGCAAGCCCAAGGUAGUAUGAUUCAAGGAGGAAUGAUGGGGAACUUCAUACAGAUCUACCAAAAGGAAGGCACUAGAGGAUUAUGGAAGGGAGUAUCACUGACAGCACAGAGAGCUGCUAUUGUUGUUGGAGUGGAACUGCCUGUGUAUGACCUUACCAAGAAGCACAUAAUUAUGUCGGGAUUUAUGGGAGACACAGUAUACACUCACUUCCUCUCAAGUUUUGCUUGUGGAUUAGCUGGAGCCCUUGCAUCCAACCCAGUUGAUGUUGUAAGAACACGCAUGAUGAAUCAGAGAAGUCAACAUGGGGGACACUCGAACUACAAGGGCACUUUGGAUUGCUUGUUACAAACAUGGAAGAAUGAAGGCUUUUUUGCUCUAUAUAAAGGGUUUUGGCCAAACUGGUUAAGACUUGGUCCUUGGAAUAUCAUUUUCUUUCUGACAUAUGAACAGCUGAAGAAAUUGGAUGCCUGACAUGCUGAGCUGCAUAUGGAAUUCUGUUAAUGUACUAUCUGAGUUUAGAGCAAUGUGCAAGCUGUCUUGUGUAUUUGCUCUUUAUUGUCUGAGCUGCUGGCUGUAGGAAGAGGUCACUGCAAGACUGUUGAGUGAGAAGAACCUGGAAGUGAUUUCAAGGCAAACUGGCUCCUGUAACCAUGGCUUGUGGACUAUGUGCACUAUUUUCUAGACUGAAACAAACAUGGUGGAAUAGCCUCUGUCAACUGUUUCAGUGCUCUUGAAUGAGAAGAUAUGUAACAUAACUUUAUGCUGUUGAGACUCAUCCACAGUUUUUUGUAAGAGGCAAAGAACAGGUUUUUUUUCUUCUGUAUUUCUGUAAGGAAAGGAAAAAGAUUUCUGUAAAGGAAAAACGAUUUUUCUAAAAGAUAGGCAGUACCAAGGAGCUGGGCUUUUCCUCCUUUCAGAAGUGUAUACAAUUUGAGUGUAAAAGCUUAAGGCUUCUAAUUAAUUGGAAGUGUCACAAGCCACCUUUUCAGGCUUUCAGGUCAGCAAAAUACCUACUGCAUUGCAAAAUACCUACUGCAGUACAAAAUCUGCUUCUCAUUUUGGAGCUUUCCUGUGUUCUAAAUCCUUAGAUGUCUGUGUAAUCUGCUGGGAAUAAUCCAGCUUCAUUUGCAAGUGUGGUUGCUAGAGUUGGCAGUUUUGCAUAGCUUGAGGAAAGUGUUUUCCAAUGUAUCAUGAUGACUUUCAGCAUAAGUGAUUCUUCAAGAUAUUCAUAUGUAAAUUCCAAGUAGGAAUGAAGUUCAAACAAGUUCAUGGAUAUCUGCUGAUCUUGCAGAGAAACUUUUCAUGCCUCUUUUGUUGGGGAGAAUUACUUGUACUGGUUACUGGCUGUUACCUGUAAUCUGACAGGUGCACCAAGCAGUUCAGGCUGUGUCAUGUAGGUGUCUCUGUGAAAAGAACUAUCCCCUCCAAAGGUAAAUCUUCAAUAAAGAUUGCUUUCCUUCUUUAAAAAGAAGGAAAGCCCAAACUACUCAGCACUUCCAUAUACCAAAGAGGGCUCAAGUUGCUGUUACAGGCAUGGAAACACUUUAUGCAGAAAUCAACCACAACUUUUAUAAAACAUUACCUUUGGGCUUAAGGGCGUAUCAAAACUUGAGGGCCUUUAAAUAGUUACAUUUUUAUUAAAGGCUGCUGUUUGAUUCCAGGAAAGGGAAUGGUGAGAUACAACUCCUAUGAUGAACUUUCUGUGUUUAUAGCAGGUAGCAAAGCAGGAUGCACAGGUUUGGAUUUUUUGUGGCACUGUGUUAAUCUUUUACACGUUUUUCAUAGAAUCCUGCAUUCCACUUCGAGAAUUUCAUUGUGCUUUCAAAACUGUUAUAAUCACUUAUAAUUACUAAUUUUGAAUUCACGAAUGGAUUUUUAAAUGCACAAGGCACUUUCUUUCUUAAA